AUGGCCCACUCUCUCCUAGAAGUUCUAAGUGAUGUGCUCCUAAAAGAGUCCGAUUUGGGGGAGCAUUGGGAAGAGGAGGGGCAAGAGCAUCCCAAUGAUGAAAUAGUUGUGGUACUUGAUGAAGAAAGAAGCACUGAUGUGAUAUCUCUAGACUCUAGUGAACCUUCACUUUGCUCAUCACCAAGGCCCAGCAAAGAUCUUAUUGCAUAUGAAGUCAUGGUUAACCAGAGAAAUAUAGAAGAUGUUUGCAUAUGCUGUGGCGAUCUCCAGAUUCACACACAACAUCCCUUAUUUUAUGGAGGGAUGUGUAUUCCAUGUAAGGACAACUUCUUGGAGUCAUUCUUCUUAUAUGACGAAGAUGGGUAUCAAUCUUUUUGUACAAUCUGCUGUUCAGGAAAGAUACUACUUACAUGUGAAAACUCCAGUUGUAACAGAUGCUACUGUUUUGAAUGUGUUGAUGCCCUUGUAAAUCCUGGAAGUUCAGCAAAAUUUCAAGCAAUGAGCAAUUGGAUAUGCUUCUUGUGUCUACCCUUGACAUCGGAAAAUGGAUUACUGAGGAAGAGGAGGAAAUGGCGGGAGAAUCUAAAGGAUUUCUAUAAUCAAGAGUCUCAGAGACCUCUGGAAAUGUAUGAAACUAUGCCUGCAUGGAAACGAAAACCAAUCCAAGUUCUAUCUCUUUUUGGUGAUAUUGAAGAAGAACUUGUCAAGUUUGGAUUUUUGGGAAACAGUCCUGGUAAUGGAAGACUGAAACAUCUGAAUGAUGUCUCAAAUGUAGUCAGGAAAGAUGUAGAAGAAUGGGGACCAUUUGAUUUAAUAUAUGGUUCCACUCCUCCAAUUGGACAAAUCUCUGAACAUCCACCUGUAUGGUACUUUCUCCAGUAUUACCGAGUUUUACAAUAUGGGAAGCCCAAGAUGAACAGUGAACAGCCAUUUUUCUGGAUGUUUGUGGACAAUUUAGUCCUGACUAAAGAUGAUAGAGAAAUUGCUUCUCGAUUCUUUGAGAUUGAUCCAGUGACCAUAUAUGAGGUGUGUGAUGAGAUGGUCAAGAAUGCAGUCCUUAUAUGGAGUAACAUACCAUGCAUCCAAAGCAAUAAUUCAACUUUGUCUUCAGAUUGGGAUUUGUCUCUACUAGCACAGAACAUUAAAAGAUUGAAUGUUUUUUCUCUGAGGCCAGCUAGGCUUGUGAAUAAAUGUUUUAUUUCUCUGAGAGAAUAUUUUAAAUGUUUUUCUAAAGAUCACAUUUCUUAA